AUGUACCAACCAUUUUCAGCAGCGACCACUGAGGCUCCAACUUCGGAAAAGGAAAAAGGAAAAGUACCGCGUUCUAAGGUUACCACUACAGUAGCCAGUACAUUAAGGGCUAACUAAUGAGAAUUACAUCCUCCACAACGCCCAUCCCUGACCCUUUUUCGAGUAGGAAAGAGAUGAGGCGGAUGUGCAUCUGAAGAAUGUAAUGUUGCAACCUUUAAGCACAGUGACAAGCACAAUAAGCUCAACCAGUACGGAAACUACGACGCAGAGUAGUGCGACCACAACAACUGAAACCAAUACAGAAACUACUACCACGACCACAGGAACCAGCAGUACAACUGUGACGUCAACCACCGAAACAAAAACUAGUACAACAAGUACCACCACAACAACAGAAACGAGUACAACGCGAACUAGCACAACCACCUCCUCGACGUCAAGCACGAGUACGUCUGACACAAGCACAAUUAAGAACUGUUUCUUGAUUUUACUUGAAGAUAAUCACUUUUAUGGUUCUUGGUUGGUCGAAGAGCUAUAAUAUUCACUUUGCCUCUGUGAUGUUUUUCUAACCACGUCUGUCGUGUCCUUCUAGCUACCUCUCUUGUGUCUCUUGUGGCUCUAAGUUUACGUCUACAAGUUCUACGGAGUCCUCUACUACGAGUACAACGACACCAUACUCCAUUGCGCAGCUGCCCUUUGAGAUUGAUUUGGCAUCUUCAGACGCG